AUGAAAGCAAGUAAUGAAGCUGCAUAUGUUGUCUGUAUCUCUCCAAAACAAUAUACAUCUCAGAAGAUUUACUUUUUGUGUAAAGAAUGGAUAUGUAAGGAAUCGGAAGCAAAUGGAAUUAGUCCAACUGGUUUUAUACAAUAUGUAAAUGAUUAUAUUUUACCAGAGUGCAUAGGAGGGUUUCAAAAAAAAAUUUGUUUGCAAAUAGUGGAAAGGUGGUUAGAUAUUUUAGGAUGUAAAUGUAGGGAAUAUAAAAAGAGGAUAUAUUUUGAUGGACAUGAGCGAGAGGACGUUGUAGUAUAUCGAAGUGUGUUUUUAGAUAGGUUAAGAACAUUAGAGCAGAGAAUAGCAAUAUAUGAGGGAGAAUCAAUGAUAAAAGUUCUAUCAGUACUUAAUAAAGAGGAACAAGAAUUAGUUUUUGUAACCCAUGAUAAAUGUAUAUUUUAUUCAAAUAAUGGAAAAAAAAGAAUUUGGGUACAUGAUGAUGAGAUGCCUUUACGAAAAAAAGGAAAUAGAAGGUCAAUAAUGGUAAGCAAAUUUCUAACAGAAGAAUGUGGUCAGUUAAAAUUGACUGAUGAGGAGAUAGAAAUGUACCCAGAUGUUCUUGCAGAGGCUCGUUGUUAUUUCAUGCCUGGUAAAAAUCAAGAAAGCUAUUGGAUGGUUGACCAUUUAUUAGACCAAAUAAGAAAUAAAGUAAUUCCUAUAUUUGAAGCAAAGUUUCCCAAUGCAACUGCUGUCUUUGCCUUUGAUAACAGCACCAACCAUGCAGCAUAUGCAAAGGAUAUCUUUAUCACAUCAAGAAUAAAUUUAGGAUCUGAGGGGAACCAACCAGUAAUGUGA